AUGCAAUUGUCAAUCAUAUUGGUGCAGCUAUGGAACGAGUGGGAAAUCAGGUUACUUGUGCUUCUCAGUUAUACACUGCAACUAUUCCUCUUCUUCACAGGGGGGCUUAGGCGACGAAGCAGUAAUACAUUGCUAAGAUUCUCUAUUUGGUUGGCUUAUUUGGGGGCAGACAUGAUUGCAUUUUAUACUCUUGGUCAGAUCUCUCGACUUGGAGAUUCUAUCAAUAGUAGGGAUCCGUUUACAGGGACAAUGUCUUUGGCAUUCUUUUGGGCACCUUUCCUCCUUGUUCAUCUUGGUGGACAAGACACUAUUACUGCCUUUUCAUCUGAGGAUAACAAUUUGUGGCUAAGGCAUUUUCUGAAUCUUUUGGUUGAAGUCAGCCUUGCAUUAUAUGUCUUUUGGAAAUCAAUGGGGAACAGCAAUCAGCUUUUAAUUCCAGCCAUGUUUGUGUUUGUUUCUGGAAUAAUUAAGUACGGGGAGAGGAUAUGGGCUCUCAAGUAUGGGAGUAAGGAUGACCUUAAUAGCACCACUAGUAACUAUGAAAAUAAUCAACUGCCACUACUAAGUGUUGAGCAAGAUAGAUACUGUGACAUUGUUUGCUAUGCUCUCCAUACGGCACGCUAUAUUCGGGGAUUCCUUGCAGGGCGUGCAACUUUUCAGAUGGGGCAUGAAAUUCGGUUUACAUUAGUAGAAUAUUUUGGAAGAUUUGCAGAGCAUGGGGCAAAACUUAAGAUCAUUGAGAUGGAGCUCGCUAUUAUAUAUGAUGACCUCUACACCAAGGCUGUUCUGUUUAGGACAUGGACAGGUAGCAUUUUUCGCUGUGUUGUACAUAUCUCUGCAGUGGUUGCUUUUGUGCUCUUCUACGCAGACAGGAAAGAAAGCUAUAGCAGAGUGGAUAUUGCAAUAACAUAUGCAUUACUCAUUGGUAGCAUUUUUAUGGAACUUGUUUCAAUUCUUAUGGCAAUGGUAUCACCAUGGGCAUGGGCAUUCUUGAAAGCACGGAAUUUUCACUGGCUUACCAAUUUGUUCUGGUCUAUCUUCAACAUUGUUCAGCCGGAGAAGAGGCUGUGGUGGUCAGAUUCCAUGGGGCAAUAUAACCUUCUGCGCUCCAUAUUCUGUAUUGAAUCACCAACCAUUGGCAUGAUCAGAAAUAUCAUAAAUUCUGUUGGUUGGGCUAAGGUCUGGAAGCACUUACGACACACCAAGGAUGUCAAAGCUAAGCAUAAGGUCAUGGAAUGUGUGGUGCAGUGGUUGGACAAGCAGGAUCGUUUCAAUGAUUUAGCAAAAGGGAUGAGGCCUAGACUUAGCACAGAACUGGAAUUGAUACUGCGAGGACCUUUUGAGCAUGCCAUACUCCAACUACAUUUGUUUACAGAUUAUCAUAUAAGGGGUCUACUUGAUGAGGAGGGAUCACGUCUACACGACAAAGGAGGUAGAUCACAUCUUGCGAGCAUAUGUGAGGAAAUAUCAAAUUACAUGAUCUAUCUUCUUGUUGUAAACCCUUCCAUGUUGCCGGUCAGUACCACUGCAGAAGAUACACUUGCAUUGUUCCCAGAGAAAAUAUUCUCUACCGGCAGGGGUGGAGUCAGAGAUGUGCCGUGCCUUGUGCUGGAUAGACUCAAGCUAUUUGUCCUCCAGAUUUGUAAUUACUUUGUGAAGGAGUCUUCAACAGAUACUAGGACAGUAUCCCCGGCAGUCCUAGGCCUGGAUCUUCCCCUGUCUACCAGCCAGAAACAUAUCCGAGAAGUGCUACAUAAGGAUUGGACGGCUGCUGGAGAAAUUGAAGGCAAAAUACUGUUGGGUGCCCGAGCUUUAUUGGACUUUCCAGAGUUUGAAUUGACCAUCGAUGAAUUAUUGGUGGAGAUCAAAGAAAUAUGGAUAAGGCUGCUUGUUUAUGCAGCAGGCAAGUCACACGCAGAGGCACAUGCGCAACAGAUGAGCAGAGGAGGAGGGGAGCUGCUCACGUUUGUUUGGUUGCUCAUGGCCGCGCACUAUGAGCUCGGUGAUGUUGCUCGCAGGCUCGACCUUGUUACAUCGUCAUCUGGUGCUGCAGAGGGAGAUCGACUUUUCGCCUUCAUCUUUCCGUCUUAUGAACAACCUACACCCAUGUAG